ACACACACAGGCACGCAGGCACACACGCACGCACGGAGACUUAGCCGAGCACGCAGACCGAGCGAGCGCACCAAAACAAAAUAAUAUGAUGAACUCACCAAAUUCACCAAACUCACCAACGGCAGCAGGUGCUGGCUGGCAGUGAAAGAGUUUUCUGUUUUUGUAUUACAGUUCGAACAGCUGAGUCGCGACGUUGUGUAUAACACAUACGCGGCGUGUUCUCUGCUCCCAACUCAACUCAACCAAACCAAACCGAACCAACCGUCAAACCAGUGUACAAGUGUUUUUUAACGGCUCCUCCUCGGCUCUCUUACUUUUGGGAUUUGCAAUAAGCCAAGCGCAGCGCAGUGCAGCUCAAGUGUGCUCUUCUUUUUUGUUUUUGUGCACUUCUCUAAACAGUUCUUUAAACUCAAACAAACUCAAACAAACAAAACAUCCAACAAAAAACAAACAAACGUGUGAAAAUUAGCAGCUUCCUCAAUCCAAGCAUCUGCUAAGCCGUAAACCGUGUGAUAAACGACAGUUACAAACCACUUGAACAACAGAUUACCAAUUACCGGCAUGGACAAGUCAAAUUUAACGGAUAAGAAUCACACGAGUGUGUACAAUGUGACGACGAAACCAAAGAAGCCCAAGCGGCGGGACAAGAGCGAUUUGGGUGCAGAUUUUGUGGCACCCGAUGGCGGCUGGGGCUGGGUCGUAUGCCUCGCGGCUGGAUUGAAUAACUUCUUUUUGUUUCCGGCCCUGCAGCAGUACGGCUUGAUCUACAGAGUGCGAAUGCACUCGCUGGGAUUCGAUGCCAAACAGACGACAACAAUUGUGAAUGUGGUGAUGGCCAUAUCCUCGCUAGUGGGCAUCGUCAAUGGAGCCAUGUUCCGGCGCUUCACAUUCCGUCAGGUGGCCCUCACGGGCACCAUCCUGGCCUUUGUGGGCAUCUUCCUGACGGCCUUCUGCACCACCUUCUGGCAGUACAUUUUCUGCCUCUCAGCGGUCUAUGGCAUUGGCCUGGGUCUGGCCAUGGCUGCCACCUCGCUGGCCGUCAACACAUACUUCAAGCAGCGGCGUCGUCGUGCCACCGGCUUCUCCUGGACGAUCACGGGCCUGGGGCCCAUCUUCUUUCCGCAUGUGUCCACGUGGCUGUUGGGCUUCUACGGGGCCCAAGGCACCAUCCUGAUCUACUCGGGCAUCGCCAUGAAUGCCGUACUGUGCGCCUUGACCCUGCAGCCAGUGCUGUGGCAUGUGCGCAGGCCAAAGACCAAUUCCACCGAGGCACUGGAUGCGGCCAAGGACCAUCCCGAGCUGUUGGAGGCCAAUGGGAAUCUGCUGACGCCCGGCAGCGAUCCGUGGAUCGACUACGAGUGCAAGUACUGUCAGUACCAGAAGCGGGCCAGGCGUGGCAUCUUCUCAUCGCAGUAUCUGUUCAAUGUGGACGAUCCCGAGCGUCCCGGCUACGAGAUCACAGAGCCCGGCACACCCAUGCUGGCACGCGCCAACGACGGAUGGUUCGGCUCGAAGGUGUCGCUCACCGCCGAUCAGAGUGCGGGCGGGGCACGCUAUCGCACGCGCAAGGAGCUCAUGCGACAGGUGUCCUCGCGCAGCCGCGAGAAUCUCGAUCACGUGGAGACGGGCCGCAUGGACGAGACCCACGAACAGCAGCACCAGCACCAGCAGCAGCAGCAGCAGCAGGCGCUCUUCAAGCCAAACUACUUCAAUCGGGAGCGCGAGGAUCUGGAUCGGUAUGCCAGCAAGACGAGCGUCUACUCGAGGCACGGCCAGGAGGAGCUGCUGCGCUGCACCUGCGCCGAGGAUAAGGCACUGCUGCAGAAGACCGCCGAGGCCAUGCGACUGGAGCAGAUGGACGAUGAUGCCCUCCAGGCGGAGGAGGAUGAGGCCAAGAGCCGCAUGACAUUCUGCCAGAAGGUUAGCAAGUUCUUCGAUCUGGAUCUGCUGCGCGAUUUCACCUUCGUGAAUCUGGCCGUCGGCAUGAGCAUCAUGAUGUUUGGCGAGAUGAACUUCUCGGUGCUGACGCCCUUCAUACUCAAUAGCUUUGGGUAUUCGGACGCAAAGAUCUCCCUGGUGAUGUCCCUGCUGGCCUGCAUGGACAUCUCAGUGCGUUUCCUGGCCCCCCUGGCCCUCGAGAAGGUGAAGCUCGACAAUCGGGUGCUGUUCGCCUUUGGCAUCCUCUGCAUUGCCGUCGGCCGUGUGAUUGUCGCCUUCACCAGCUCCUACGAGGUGAUGAUCGGCGUCUUUCUGCUGAUCGGUUUCGGCAAGGGUUUCCGCACCAUUUUCUCGCCCCUGAUCAUACCCAGCUACGUGCCGCUCAAUCGCUUGCCCGCCGCCUCCGGCCUCCAGCUGAUCUUCAACACACUGUUCACCUUUGCCAUGGGCCCCAUUUUGGGCAGCAUCACGGAGGCCUUUGGCUAUGCCGCCACCAUUCAUGCCAUCAAUUUCCUCACCGGCCUGGCACUGCUCCUCUGGCUCACGGAAUCGAUUGUGCGCCGCGUGCUGAAGCGACCGUCGAAGGGGCUGGGUCAGUGAUGUCCGGCCGAUAAUAUACAUAAAUGUAUUUAGGACAGUCGUCUCGUCUCGUCUCGUCUCGUCUUGUCGGAACUGAAACUACUUGCUUGGCCAUCCAUCAAUCCAUCCAUCGAUCCAUCGAUCCAUCAAUCCAUCGAUCCAUCUAUUACCCAGUGUGUGAGCGAGACGACUCUCGAGGACGACUUCUGGACCUGGAGCUGGACCUGGAACUGGACCUGGCCUUGGCCUUGGGCUUCUCCCUAAAUGUUAGCUUAGAUCGAGUUUUUUUUUUUGUGUGUGUGUGUGUGUAUGUGUGUGUGCAUAGUAUUACGUAGCACGUUGAUUGAGCAUACGGCAUAGUUGCAGGCCGUACUUACAGAUACCUAAGAUACAAAUACACAAGAUACAAGAUAAAAUAUACCUAUAUACAUACAUACAUAUACAUAUACAUAUAUAUAUAUAUACAUAUAUACUAUUAUAUACAUUAAUUAUUGCAUAACUAGCUCGUAAUUUACCCCUUAAAACUGCAAUCCCAUCAUAUCCCACCACCAUAUCAUUUUAAUAUCAUUUUUAUUUUUAUUUUUUUUUAUUUUUUAUUUUUGAAUUUUUUUUUUUUAUUAUUUUGUCACUUUUUUUGUUUGUGUGUUUAAAAUAAAAUAAAUAUAUGUAAUCUAUAAAUUAGACUAAGAACACUGUACUUAUCCCGAUCUAUCAUAUAAUUUGUGUGAAAC